GGUUUGUGGCCUUGCAACCGGAACGGAAGAUCUAAGGAUACUUUUUCUUAAUUAUUUUCCUCGCUUCUAUUAUGCAGCGUACACCGACUUGCAAGAAUUGCUGCAAAAGUUACGGCUUUAAAGAUGUGACCAAGCCAAUUGGAAAUCGCAUCCCCUUACUUUUGGAAUGUGGCCACACCUUUUGCGAGGGGUGUGUGACUAAAUGGGCCAGGCUACAAAAGACGGAGGUGUCAUGUUCAGAUUGUCAUCACCCCACCCCACUUACAAUUGAAGGAGAGAAGGGCGUAAGGGCCAUUCCCCCCAACAUCUUCCUGUUAGGAGUGAUGACCAACUCCAAAAGAGCUUCUUACCGCACUGAUGUUCAAAAGCCAGGUCGCUCAAAGCUUGGGACUAAAGCUGGUUUGCAAAGAGCAAUUAAUCAGUUUACCCGUGAAAAGAAAGCUGAACUAAUGAAACUUGACACUGGUGUACAAUGUGAAGAGUGCACCAGAGCAACAGCCACUAGCAGUUGCAGCAAGUGUGAAACAGUUUACUGUCGUGCUUGUUUUGAGAGAGUGCAUUCAUAUUCAGUUGCUUUGAGGAAACAUGUUCCCUUACCUGUUGCAAAAAAAAACACUGAAACAGCUGUUGGGUGCCCUGAUCACAAUAACAGACCUCUGGAGUUUUACGACAAGGAUGAUUGUCAGCCUGUCUGUUCACACUGUGUAGUUACUGGAGAGAGACAAACACAUGCUAUUGCACCCAUAGAUGAAAUUGCUAAAGAAGUUGAAGAUCAAUUCAAGACAUCAGUUGAUGAAGUAUCUCCAGUAAUCAAAUGUCUAGACAAGUCCAUUCAGGUAAUUUGUAAAGCACUUCCAGGAGUUAAGGCUGAAAAGAAUGAAAUCGUGAAUAAUAUCAGGGAGCACUUUCAGAUGUUAUAUUCUGCUUUACAGACCAGAGAGCAAUCUCUGAUCAAAGAGGUUGAACUAAAUCACAAUGGGGAGAAGAUUCUAGAGAAAAUGCGGGAAGAGGUUGCUGACAAUUUGCGGAAAGCAAAAGAUUAUGUUCAUGAAGUGGAAAGUAUGAUUGGACAACCACAGACAUUAAUUGACAAUGCUAAAAAGUUAAGAAGAGAGUUGGAAUGUGUUAAAGAGAUGCAGUGCUGUGCAGUAAAAGUGAUAUCCCAUGAAGAUCAAAUAAGGUUUGAAACUAGAGGAGAGAUGAGGGAGACAAUUACUGAAUAUGGUUCUGUUUCCACAGAUGGUUGUGCAAGAUUUGAGAUGAAAAAAUUGAGUGAAAUGAAUGAGGAAUACUUGGGAGUAGAGAGUGAUGACUCAGAACAGGAGCUUGUUAAUGCUCAAGAAGAACAAGAAGACACUGCAGAUAAUCAGUUGUCUGAUCAAAGAAUGCAGCAUCAGAGAACACCAGGAUCAAUCACAGUGUCCAGGAUACUUAAAUCAAAUCUUGCAUAUCGUCAUGAACUUGUUCUUGUAACGCAUAUCAGAGAUCCUUGUCAGUUUAUGAUUCAAAGAGUUGCUGACCUUGAACAACUCCAGAUCAUGAUGAAUGUCAUCAACAUCUAUUGCGACAGCACAGAGAAUGUUCAUGAUCUUCUAUAUGAUGUCAAGUUUGGUGACAUGUGUUGUGCUCAAUUUACAACUGAUAAUCAGUGGUACAGAGCUCGCAUCAAGAUGGCAUAUUCUCCUGCACAUCCCAACACUGUUCCAACUCUGGAGAAUAAUCUUUGUGUUGAGGUGCAGUACAUAGAUUAUGGAAACAGUGAG